AUGUCUCUCCCCUCAUCCUCCUCGAAACCGUCACAAACCACCAUCAAGUCGUUCUUUCAACCUCGUCAGCCCAAAUACGCCGCCCCUCCAUCGCAACCACAGCCUCUGCCGAAAGGUCUCAGCUACGAGGCACCACCUCUGCCGCCGUCCCUGACCUUCUCGUCGCAACCGAACCCCGCAUCGGCCACCGCCCAGACUGCCAUUGCGACCCCUCGCCCCUCGAGCCAGGCUGGGACCCAGACGCAGACCCAGACCCAGCAGCGCCCCGUCGAGAUCCCCGCCGAGGCCGCCAUCCGUAGCCUCUCGGCCUCCGACAUAGCAGCCCUGCGCCGCAUCAACGCUCUGCUGCUGCCCGUCGCCUACCCAGACUCGUUCUACACGGCCGCGCUCUCGAGCCCCUUCUCCCGCGCCAUCACCUGGUCCGACCCCGCGCCCGCCGCCGCACAAGACCAAGGCGGCGCAGCCUCGCCGUCCCCCGCCGCGCCGAAACUCAUCGGCGGCCUCGUCGCCCGCCUCGAGCCCCUGACGGCCACGACGCAGGCCCUGUACAUCCAGUCCCUGGCCCUCCUGUCCCCCUACCGCGCCCACGGUCUCGAGACCGGGGCCCUCGCCGACCUCUUCGGCGCCCCCGAGCUCGCCGCCCUCGCGGUCACUACCGUCUACGCCCACGUCUGG